CCUGUCAUUCAGUCAGUCUUUAGUCUUUGCUAAAUCGUCAAUAAGUUUAUCAAACUGAGCGAGUAGACAAAAAAAAAGGCACUUCAAAAAGAAAACGAAAAUGACGACAGGUAAUUCUCGCCUAUUUCUCCUCGUGAGCUUGACAAUACUUGGCUCUGCUCUAUCCGCUGAUGUUCUUGAGGGCAACUACAAUGUGACAGCCUUCUGCACAGUUGUGCCCGUUGGCACACUUCUGGGCAGCAUUGUGUCGUGUGAUUAUUACUAUGCUUGCACCAGCACUGGACCAGUCAACACAUCCUGCUCGGCUAACUACUCCUUCGAUUUGGCCAAUCAGAAGUGCAAUCCCACAGAUCAGGUCACCUGCUACUAUGGUGUGGAGAAUGUGUGCGCCAGCAUAACAACCAAGGGUUGGGUACCCAACACCGGCACCUGCAAUGGUUGGAUAUACUGUGAAAAUGGCGAAUACGCAGGCAACGGCACUUGUGGCGCCAACCAGAAAUUCGAUCAGACUUCUUCGUCGUGUAUAUAUGGCAAAUGUCCCACUGUACUUGCCACCACCGAUGGACCCACUUUGACAAGCAAUUGUGAGGUUGUUCCACCUGGUAUUUACUAUGGCGAUACCCUUAAUUGUACGAAAUGGAACUUCUGCACAACAAACCAGACUGCCGAAACAGGAAACUGCCCAUCUUCAGCAUUCAUUGUUGCAACAAAAUCUUGUGGCUACGAUACUAACGAUGUAUGCAGUCGCGUCACCGAAACUGAGCUCGGCACCGCCACAGGAGAGUGCGGCACAAAAGGUGCCGAAAAAGGUGAUAGUUCCGUAUGUGGAACUUAUCUGCAAUGCGAUGGAACAUAUUGGCAAUCGUAUUACUGUGACAGUGGUUACUACUUUGAUUAUAUUAACGAAACAUGUCUUCCUCGGCAAGAAGCUAUCGCUACACCUGGUUGCGAUCGUUGCCAGUAUGCGACCAAAACUUGGGUUAAUGCUGUAGACAAUACAACAUGCAGCAAUUAUUUGUAUUGCAAAAAUGGAGUGGGUGAACCGGUCUCCUGCUCUUCAGGCAACUAUUUCAAUGAGGAUAAACAGGCAUGCGUUUCAAACUCAACCUUGGUGGCCUAUGCUCAAACUCAUGGUGCUUGUCAUGGAGCGGGUUCAACCACCAUUUUAGACGAUUCCACAACCGAUUCCACAACCGAAGGAACAACCGAAUCAACCACCGUAACAACCGAAUCAACCACUCUUAAAAAGUGAAAAUACCACACAAGCAAUAUAAAAAAUACAUAUGUAUAUAUAUAUUUCCUUAUGUCAACCACUUAGUUUUCUAUUAAAUACUUUGAUUUAAUUGCAUUGUA